GCUAGAGCUGAGGUUAGGGAUGAGAUCCAAGUUGUGCUCUGUUGGUGUUUGGUGGCUUCUCCUGUUCUUCUCCGACAUUUCAAUCUGUUCUGCUACGAGACUCCUUCCAGUUUUAGGAGAAGAUACGAAGGCACAUGCCGGCGAUGUUGGCUCACUACCCAGCUCAGGCGACGGUCAUGAUGGAGACAGGUCUCGAAUCACAGACACUGUUCACGAUUAUACUGGGGAUCCUCCCCCGCAGCUACACAAACCCCCACAUAGUCUACCGGCGGAUGUGAUGGCGGCGAACCGCGUGUACCAUUCUGACCCAAAUCCAAGCGUGGGCCCACCGAGGUUGGGGCUCCACCCUCGCCGCCCUAAACGCCCUCCACCAAAUGAGGGUCUGCCACCUUGCACGAUGCCCCAUUGCUGAACCUUGCAUGGUUAUGGAUGAAAGGAAGCACGUUGGCAAUAACUAGCUUAUGAAUAAAGGAAACUUGCUUUAAUUUCUUUUUUCUUUUAUUAUUGAUAAAUAAUCUAAUUUUUGAUGGUAUAUUUAGUUUUACCUAUACCUGGCACCGGUUUGAUUUAAAGUGCCACUAUAAAAAAUCAUAGAAUUCGCUAAAUUUUAGUAGCAUUUUAAAGAAUAGCAAAAAAUAACAUCUUGCGCUGCA